AUGGCUGACGAGACUCGGUCUGUCUCUCCUGCGGCUGCGCCCGCGAGGCCGAAAGGCAGGAAGCUGCCUGGAUGGCUAGAUCACUUCAAUGCCCGAGAUCUCAAAGUGUUCUUCCGCUGCUCGCUGGCGGCUUGGGUCGCGUCGCUGUUGAUUUUCAUCACACCGUCCCUGACUAAAAUUGGAACGGCGACUUUCUUUGCAACUCUGGUGUUGUUUAUGGUUCCCCCGACCGGCAUUGUCUUCAUUUUCUUGCUGGGAUCUUUUACUCUCAUUCUGGGUAUGGCACUCGGCUGGGCCUGGGGUGUCAUUGCUAUGAAAGCUGCUCAGGCUGCUAGGCCGGCAUUGGAAACCCAGGCUCGGCUUCAGGCACUUGGCCAAACGGCUUAUGCUACUGCCAAUUCCACCGGACAGAGCUUGGCAGCUGUUCAGCAAGAGCUCGUGUACUCGGGCUGGAUGCUUGAUGCGCGUGUGACGGCGGUUUACUAUUGCUUGAUCUGCCUGUUCAUCUAUCUCCUGUCACGUCUUCGGGCUAAGAACCCGAAAAUGAUUUUCCUGCAGAUUUUCGGUAUAAUCAUUGUCGAUGUCUCACUCACUGUCGGACCGUUGCUUCCAUCAUUUAAUGGAACCAUUGCCAAAGUUUUGGUUGAACCAGCUGCCAUCGGAGUCGGUUUGGGAUUGGUCUCUCACUUCAUCUUCUUCCCCAGGUCUACUUCUCACGUUGUCAUCGAUGGAAUGCAAGGCCUUGUCAGUCUUCUGAGAGGACCUAUUGAUGCCACGGAAACGAGUCUUCUCAAAGGUGACGAUCUGGUCCUCGCAGAGCUGCACGCGAUCAAAGUCAAAUGCAUCGGUGCUUACAAGGCUAUGGAACCGGCGAUGGGUUUCCUGCCAUUGGACUUCUCAGUUGGCUAUUGGGGAGCAGACGAUGUGAAGAGUAUGAAGCAACCAAUUCGACAGGCUUUGAUGAGUAGUCUGUCGCUACUGGAAAUCCAUAUCGCUCGCAUCGGCGGACACGCGAAAUUGGAGAAGCUCCACCAACUUACCGUCGACCGUGAUUCUGAUACCGAGUCACAGGGACCGGAUAAGGAGAAGGGCCGCCCGCGUGAGGUUGGCAUGCGUCAAUUGAUCGAGAGCAUUAACCUGGUUCAAGCACUUCGAAGUCCGGAGCAUGAGUCUCUUCGAUCGGAGACUGUCGAUGCCCUACGGAAGUCUAGCAAAGAUAUUCUUCCAGCGUGUCAACAGGCCACGGAGUUGAUUGCUGAGUGCCUUAGUACUGUUAACAAGAGAUGGUUCGGUCGUGCUUCCAAAGAACAACUCAAUGAAUUAUGCGAGCGUGCCCAGUCUACGCUGCAGAAUUUACAAUCGCUGCGCGAAGCCUUUGCCACGGAAACAACCGAACUUCUCAUCUCCACCCAUGCCGAAAUCUUCGACGAAAAGGGCAUGCUCAAGUCCCUGGAAGAGUCCUCGGUGCAUAGAGUCCGAGGCAUCACUAUCGGUAUGAUCUUCGAGGAGCAGGUCUUGGGCGUCGCAGACGGAUGGGAACGUGUCCUAGGUCAACUUGUCAAUCUCCUGAAAGAACGACAGAAAAUCCGGCUAUGGAUGCCAAAGGGACUACGGUAUGCGGUCAACUGGGUUCGUCGAAAGAACGCCGUGGCGCCUGUUCCAGCAGCUUCGAGCCCGACCGUUGAUCCCGAUGUCGCCGAGGCUCAGUCCAAGGCUGCCCAGCAGCAUCUUCGCAUCAGUAGAGGAUAUCGAGCAAACCGACGCAGCGGACUGGGGAAAGCGAUUAUUGGUACUUAUCAUUGGUUCAUCAAUCCCGAUGGCCUGUACGCUAUGCGAAUGGUCGUUGUCACCGUCGCGCUCGCUAUUCCAGCAGCAAUUCCUCAUUCUGCCGGCUUCUAUUACCGCGAGAAGGGGCUUUGGGCCUUGAUCAUGGGACAGACUACCCUGGUCAUCUACAUGGCUGACUUCACGUUCUCGCUCAUUUGUCGAGCCAUCGGCACAGUCGUCGGUGGCUUGCUGGGACUUGUUGCAUGGUAUAUUGGCUCGGGACACGGAAUCGGUAAUCCUUAUGGCCUCGCGGCCAUCAUGGCUGUUGUGAUCCUCAUUCUCAUGUGGGCGCGUAUUUUUGCUCCUCCGGCCUUGCUACAAGCCACGAUAAUGGCCGGUGCGACCUGCAUCCUGGUCAUCGGUUACAGCUACGAAGACACACACAUUCCGGCCUACGGAAACCCUGGCUGGGGUUAUAGCGUUUUCUGGCGACGAUUGGUCCUUGUUCUCAUUGGAUCUGCUGCGGCCCUAAUUGUGCAACUAUUCCCUCGCCCGCCUUCCGCCUCGCGCCACAUCUGCAAGUCUCUUUCGAACGUCAUUCGGUCCCUGUCUGACCAUUACGCCCUGCUUCUCUCAUGCUGGGGCCAGGGUCGCGAGGAAGGCCUGGCAGCCGAACAACUGGCUUUGGACCUUGCAGAAACCCUUACAUCAUUAGACGGACCAGUGGCACUUCUUCGAUUCGAGUUCUCCAGCUCGCCCUUUGACAGCGAGCGUUUAGGCCAGGUCAAAUCGCUCUGCCAAGAGCUGAACCAGAAUCUCGGUCGUUUGCUUUAUCUCUCGGCCUCACUGCCAGAACAUCUCCAGACUCGACUCGCACGCCAGGCAGGUCUCCUGGAUCACCGCAACAUCGGCGAUGUUAUGGCUGUCCUGGGUAUAGUGGAACAGUCACUCAAGACUGGCGACGCUCUCCCAGAAGUUCUCCCUACACCCCUACUGAAGCGCUGCCAUGACUUCUGGCUUUCACGCCAGGUGGAUAUCGUGCUCAGCACCGACUUGAUCCGUGACGAAGACUAUCGCCGCUUCUGCGUGGCGGUCAGUGCGUACCUCAAGUUCCUCGCCGCCGUGGAUGACUUGGUGCUUGUGAUGAAGGGCACAUUGGGCGAGUCGCACAUCGUCAGUCGCGACCUGAUGAAUGAGCAGAGUGUAUAA